UAGCUUCGUCUUUCCUCGUCCGCUCUAGCUCUAGAUUUGGCUUGCCUUGUCGUCCACCGCGACGGCAAAGGACGCCGGGCGCGCGCCCCGCGCGAUGUACGGGCUUCCUUCGGCCGCGCGGCCCCCGCUACCGUCUCACCUCGCCUGCUCCGCUUCUUCCUCCGUUACUCGGGUAAGGGCGGCUUCGGCGUACUGCUGCGCCAGUCUGAAGCAGGCGCGCCCUUCCGCCAUCGCUGCAGCCGUGGCGGGGCGCGCGGCCGCGCCGCUCUUGGCUGCGGCGCUCCUCCUUGCAGCUGCGCCCCCUGGCCUACCUGAUGCUACCUCUCCAGCAUUUGCCCAACCAAUUUCGGAAGGCGCAGCGUUGUUCCGGAAGGCCUGCAUCGGCUGCCAUGACAUGGGAGGAAACAUCCUACAGCCCGGAGCCACUCUUUUCCUGAAGGAUCUCGAGAGAAAUGGAGUCGCCACAGAUGAGGAACUGUAUAACAUCACAUACUACGGGAAAGGGAGGAUGCCGGGCUUUGGAGAGAAAUGCACCCCAAGAGGACAGUGCACCUUCGGCCCCCGGCUGUCUGAAGAUGACAUCAAGCUCCUAGCUUCGUUUGUCAAGUCGCAAGCCGAAAACGGGUGGCCAAAGAUCGAAGGUGAUGGAGAUUGAAUGAUUGAUAUUUGUAUUGAUCAAAUGGCUAGAAUGACGGGAAGACGGUGUUUGUUUUUUGUCUAGGACUUCUGAACUUGAAGCCUUUUACUAGUCAGGUUCUCUGAACUUCCGAACUUGUAACCUUCAGGCUCCUCUGUUUUCUGAACUUCUGAAAUCUAGCUCGAGUAUAGACCCA